AUUGACGAAAUGUCAAUUCAAGAAGACUUACAACUUCGGAGAAAAGGUGAUGAGUACGAACUUGUUGGAUUCACAGAAUGCACGGAAGAAUCAUCCCAUAUGAAGACACUAAUGACAGGUACAGAUGAUGUAAAGCUGGCAAAUCAUGUCCUGCAGUUUGUUUUCCUGGGUCACACAGGCUUCAGGUUCCCUCUUGCACACUAUCCUACAAACCAAGCCAGUCCAAGUGAAUUAUAUUUGAUAUUUUGGAAAGUUGUAAAAUCACUUGAUCUGUAUGGAUUUACAGUAAAGUAUGUCAGUCUGGAUGGUGCUCAAUGUAACCGUGAUUUUAUGAAGAUGUUUCUAAACGAGAAAACUUCAGACACUUUUACCACAAUGUCUUUUCCAAAUGUAUUUCAACCAUCUAAGAAAAUUUUCAUCAUUAUGGAUUACUCCCAUGUAAUGAAGAAAAUACGCAACAAUUUAUCAAAGAGUGGUCAUUCAAAAAAUCACACUAAACUUUUAAUUAAAAAUUCCAAGGAGAUAACCUGGGAACACUGGUACAAGGCAUAUCAAUGGGAAAUCAGUUCGAAUCCUUUUAAGGUGUAUCAGCAGUUGACCAAUGAUCACUUCUUUUUAACAUCACAAUCAAAAAUGAGAAAUAAGUUGGCAGAAGAUGUACUCAACCAAGACAUGCUCCAUUUGAUGAAAUGUUACCAAAAGAGCUUGGGGGAUGAUGGACACCACCUUGACGGAAGCAUAAACCUGUUAGAACAGACAUCAAUAUUAGUAAAGAAUUUCAGAGAUCAACGUCCCAUUAUCGAUGCUGGAGAUGAGAGACUAACAGAAAACAAAAAAGUCUUAUCUUGGUUUAGAAGUUGGGAAAUUGAAACAAGCCCCAAAGUUGAGAAAAAUCUUAUUUCACAUCAAACACGAGAAGACAUUAUAUCAUUGCUGCUUGGUUUUGAUGAAAUGUGUUUGGAUAAAUUUAGUCGGUCAUCAUCUUCAAUUGUACCAAGAAGAAUUAAUUCUGAUGUAAUUGAAAAUAUAUUUUGCCAGCAGAGAGGACUUCACAAUGGUGCUAACAGUAAUCCAACUUACCUCUUCUAUUGUCAAAGUAUGAAUUCAAUCAUUCUUGGUUCCACAACUAUUUCUAAGAAGUCUAAUUCAUCAGGCACAGAGGCUCACAUAUUUCAACAGGUUCCACCCACAAAAAAGCUAAGGAAGUCAGUUACCCCUCUAGGAGUUUCUCAGCUUCAGAAUCAGAAUGUACACUGAAAGCACUCACAUAUUCUGAGGAAGGACCAGGGAUAUCUGAUGAGCCGUGGAUAUCUGUUGAUGGACCAGGGAUAUCUGUUGAUGGACCAGGGAUAUCUGUUGAAGGACCAGGGAUAUCUGUUGAAGGACCAGGGAUAUCCAUUGGCAAGUCCAAGGCAGUACUGAUGUCUGAGAUAUCCAAGCCUGUACCUGGGAUAUCUGGACCUUUAUCUUUCUCAGCACUCACAUAUCCUGAGGAAGGACCAGGGAUAUCUGAUGAGUCGUGGAUAUCUGUUGAUGGACCAGGGAUAUCUGUUGAAGGACCAGGGAUAUCUGUUGAAGGACCAGGGAUAUCCAUUGGCAAGUCCAAGGCAGUACUGAUGUCUGAGAUAUCCAAGCCUGUACCUGGGAUAUCUGGACCUUUAUCUUUCUCAGAACCUUGUCCAGAGAAUCAACCUCUUCUACAAGCAAAUCCAAAACACUUGAAACUUCCUUCUCAUGGUCUGGGUCUGCACCAUCUACACAACCACGACGACAAGAGUUGUACACAGAACAAAACUUUUUAAGCACAGAGGUGUCCUCGUAUAGACUUUCGCGCACAUUUCUGAACAGAAGGCUGAAUGUUCAAAAUGGAUGGAGACUUUUCAACUGCAGCUGCCUUUUCUUUAAGGACCUCUCCCUGCAUCAGAAACAUCAGAGUAGUUAAGAGUUGUCUGCCCAUUUCAUCACAACCAGUCACCAUUUCAACGGAACGGGUAUACUCUACACUGCUUAGAUUGUCUGUGAGCAUCAUAAAACGUAUACACUUUAGAGGGAUGCUUUUUACUUAAGCAUGAAUGAAAAUUUACAACUCUCAAGCCUGAUGUACAUACUGCUCUGCCGACAGCCACACCUAAUUGUCCAGGAUUGAAAAUAUGCUGACAGUCAAUUUCAACUGCUUUCAAUGUCAUGCCCUGUGAUUUGUGGAUGGUAAUGCCAUAUGCCAGUCGGAUGGGAAACUGUGAUCUUGUAGCAAUAUUUUUUUUACUUAUGGGGUCAUAUUUCGAAAAUAAAUGUUUCUUCACUGUGA